AUGGUUGUCGAUUAUGUGCCUAAAGAUUUGGUACGCGACAUCUUAUUAAGAUUACCCGGCAAAAGUUUCAUCAGAUUCAGGAGUGUUUGCAAAUCAUGGUGUGCUCUCUUUUCUGAUUCUAAUUUUAUAUAUAAAACCCUACUCUCUCAUUCUGAAGAUUUGAAUCCCAAUCUCCGUGUCCUUGUCAAAUCUGAGAAACGUUUGGAUUUUGUUUUCUUCUUCCUAUCAUCUGAUAGAUUUGCCAUGUCUACAACUCAGGAGAUCCCAUACCCAAGAGAUAUAAUUGAUAAAUCUUCUUCAUUCAUUGACAUCGUGGGUUCUUGUAGUAAUGGCUUAAUUUGUCUUCGCGAUGAAAGUAAUAUUAUUUUGUGGAACCCCAAAACCUCUGAGACUAAGAUGCUACCUCAAUCCAAUCUUCUUCAUCCUCCUCAUACUUUUAUUUCAUUGGGAAUUUUAGAAUUUGGAUUUGACAAGAGAACCAGUGACUACAAAGUUCUCAGGAUUUUUUGUUAUUUAAAUCCUCCUGAUCAAUCCAUUGAUUACAUAGUGGAGAUUUAUAGCCUCAGGGAUGAUUCAUGGAGAAAAAUUGAUUUCUGUUUGAACGAUUGGCAAUUGCUCUGUCAUAAACAUGAUACUGUCUAUUAUUAUUACUCUAGAGGUCAUACUGGUGCAGAUGGUGUAUUUCAUUGGUGGGCAAGAGAUAUUAACAGGAAUUAUGCAAUUGUUUCAUUUGACUUGAGCAAUGAGGUUAUCAAAACGACAGCUCUACCAGAAGGUAUUGGAUAUUCUUGCUGCAGAACAUUGUUCUCGUUGAAUGAUUAUGUUGCUUUCUCCCACUGUAACGAUGGUAAUCAAGUUGAGUUGUGGGUAUUGCUUGAAUAUGGUGUUAAAGAAUCUUGGACCAAAUUAUACACCAUACCAUGCCCUCAAAAUUUGUGUCAGCCAGUAGGAUUUUCAAGCAAUGGCGAGCUAUUUUUUUCAACUUGGACAGGGCAGCUGAUUGUUUGGAAUCCUGUUACUAAAGCAAUUGUCCAUGUUAAAGUUGAUGGAGUACCGCAGAUUUCCAAGCGGUCAGUUACGUGGAGUCCCAUGUUCCUCUUCCAUUGA